GGGGUGAAGAAAGAGUGGCAGAUACCAGGUGGGCAGCCAUGCAAAAUGGGUAGGUAGUCAUCCAGUGGAGGCGGUGGUGGAGGUGCCAGGCUGGCGGAGCAAGUGGCCAUCGUCUUGACACCGUCCAACUAGCGCAAGCCCCCGCUGAUGGACGAAUUUGAUCCGCCUCUUGUGGCGGAAUCCCCGAGUCCAACAGGUUUGCUGUUGGCCUCUGGAUGGUGAAUUAUGUGCUGCAGAUGGCAAGCAUUGACUACUCAAGCACGUACCUGCGCACGCACGAGCUGGGCAUGUCGUACAACCUGCUCGAGUCGCCGGCGGGUGUCGCGGGCGGUGCGAGUGUGGGCAGCACGAACACAAAUACGAACUUCUAUGCGAUGCUCGCUGUAGCGGGGGCGCUUGUGAACACGAAUAGGAGCCGCAUCCUCGACCUCAGCAUCGACGGCUCGCAAAGCAACUACAGCGCCGCGCACGCAGCUACACCGUCUACGACCAGGUGAUAGCGCAUGUGCGUGCACUCACGCUCUUCAACCACAUGAACGUGUCUGCUGCCGGCACCGACUUUGUGUUGCCCGCGGCACUCUCCCUCGGAGUACCGCAGCCCGGCGCCGUCCUUGUGCGCUACGUCGGUGUGUCACACCCAGCUGUGUGCCCAAGUACAAGACAUUCUAUGUAAAUACGGCCCUGUAAAAUAGCCAAUAUACUAUCCAAUAUUAAUAUUCUGAUGA